AUGUCUACUCUUCGAUAUGAAUUAAUUUGUGCAACAAAUAAUAAAACACUUACAUUAACGGAUAUUGAUAUUCACGAUAAUAUACAUAAAAAAUUUGAAUUUAGAAAACAAAAAGUUCUUACCGAUAAAAUUCUUACAGAUGAUGAAAAAACUGAAGCAAUAAGAAUGUUAACUAAAUAUUAUGAUAGAGAAAAAAUCCUAUUUAAUGAUGGUACAAAAAGAAUUUGUGAAAAUUGUAACAAAGAAUGUCUAGCUACAUUAUAUUGUGAAUAUUGUGUUCGAAAUUAUUUAAAAGAAAAUUUUUCAAAUUGGGCAUCUGGAAAUAAAGGUGUUGAUAAUUUAAUCCAGAAAUGUCAAAUAGAAUCACUUAUACCAAAUAUGGUAGUUGAAUGGAUUCCAUAUAAUAAUUUAGAAAAUAUUAAAUAUUUAACAAAAGGUGGAUUUUCUGAAAUUUAUACAGCAGAUCGGAUUAAUGGAAGUUAUUAUGAAUGGGAUUCUAAGGAACAACAAUUAAUAAGAUUUGGAGAUGAAGUUGUAAUACUUAAAAGUCUAGAAAAUGUUGAAAGUGCAAAUCAAAGUUGGUUUGAAGAGGCUAAAUCACAUUUAACUAUAAGUAAUAAAUGGGCAGAUAUUGUUCAAUGUUGUGGAAUGACACAAAAUCCAUCAAAUGGAAAUUAUAUGCUUGUAAUGUAUAAAAUGGAUAUGGAUUUAAGAAAAUAUUUACAACAAAAUCAUAAUCAACUUACAUGGAAGGAGAGAAUUAAUAUUGCUUAUGAAAUAAUUCGUUCACUUAGUUAUAUUCAUGAUGAGAAAGCAAUUCAUAGAAAUUUACAUUCUGGAAAUAUAUUAUAUUCACAAUUAAAUAAUUCUUGGCGCAUGAGUGAUCUUGGAUUUUGUGGACCUGCUGACAAAUCAUCAAAAUGUAUAUAUGGUAAUCUUCCUUACAUAGCGCCUGAAGUUAUCAUUGGAAGAGAAUAUACUUUUGCAUCUGAUAUUUAUAGUAUUGCAAUGCUUAUGUGGGAAAUUUCAUCCGGAAAACCACCAUUUAUAAAUUAUGAACAUGAAAAUGAGAUUGUAAUGAAUAUUAUUAAUGGUAUAAGACCAAAAAUUGUGCCAGGAACUCCAUUAGAAUAUAAAAAUUUAAUGAUACAAUGCUGGAAUGCUGAUCCAUUAAAAAGACCUGAUGUUUAUGUAAUUGAAGAAAAAAUGGCUAAAAUUAAUUUAUAUUAUCAAAAUAUGCCAGAUGAAUUAUUAUUACAAUCAGAAAUAAAUAAUUUAGGAAUAAAUAAGUUUAGUAACAUAGAAACAAAUUAUACGAGUAGCAGAUUAUUUACAAGUAAAAUUCACAACUUUGAAAAUCUACCUGAACCAAGAAAUGCAACAGAAGGAGAACAAGAAGCAUUUCAUAGUAAAUUGUAUGAUUUUAACAUUCCUAACAAUAUUAACGAUUUUAAUGGAUCAAAUAAGCAGUAUAGUAAGAAAUUAUCAAACGAUGAAAAAGAAAUAAUUCAACAAAAAAUGAAAAGACAAAAUAUUGGUGAUAUUGAUGAUAAUGACAAAGUAUAUAAUAAUCCAAAUCUUCAUUCAAAAGAACAAGAUGAGUUGGAAAUUCCUGACGACGGGUUUUAA